UCGCUCAUUCGCUUCUUCGCCCCAUCGACGUGUCUCUCCGCGUGUCUCGCCCAACCCACGCCAACCACACAACAAGGCAUCUAUUUGUCAGAAGAGAGACGCUCUCUCUGGAUCCCAUCAUUGCCUCGUGCUGCACGAGGCGCCGGGAUUACAGGUUUCUGAUGAGCUUCUUCGCAUUCGAGCCGAGCCCCGGAAUAUUGUCGAGUAUGAAUUCGAACGAAGGGUCCAUGCGGGACUGUUUUUUGGUGGGAGGCUGCAGGACAUUGCCGACAAUUGCCCGCAGGCCUCACGGCUCGUCGGUGGCGAGUGAUGUUACCUUGAAGGACGACGCCUUCGACGGAGAUGUCUUGGAGGUGGCAGAAAAGGUGGUGUUGUAAACCGCCUUGCAGCAGACACACCCCAAGUCAAAGAACCUGACAAGACAGAUGCAAGUGAUCAAACACGUGUCAGUCUAUCAUUGCGCGGGCACUCAGGCUCACUUUCCCUUGACCCUGUAGUAGAGCUCGCCAUGCAAGCUGUUGAGUUCGGUCUCCAGUUUGGCGAUCUCCUGUUCCUGCCCUUGGUCCUUCAGUCGAUUGACCUUUUUGUUCAGUUUCUUGUAACUCUUGAACAUGCUGAUGGCCUCCUCCAUCCCCUCAUGCGUGCAGGGCAGCUGUUUCUGUGCGGGAAACAUUGCGAUAAAGUGUUCUUUGCUUUGGCGAUGACGCCGUCCCUCGCGAACGCACCACUUCCUGGGCAUCCGUGGUCAGCGUGGAGCCCCAAAGGCCGGAAGCGAUCCUGCCUCCCAUAGUGUCCUCGCAGGCGGCCUUGCUCAUGCACUGCGCACACGUGAGACGUGCACACGUGAUGCGUCCUGUGGCCCCAUUGUUCAGUCAAGACCUGAAGGCCCGUUGAGCAUUGCGAGGGUUGGCUCGGGAAUAAGCAUUGCAUAUUCUCAACUGCAGGACACGCAACACAGAGUGAUUGAUGAGUGAAGCCAGCCACAGACUAGAACGAGGCAACCUUACAGCAGUUCCAGGAAGACGUCAGCAGGGCCAGUAGGGCCGUGGAGUUGUCUCUGCCCGCAAGUCUUCCGGCUGCUUGAAGGGGCAACGUGGACAGUGCAACGCUCAAACAGAUGACAAAGAACGACUGGACACGGGCAGCAGUCUGCAUGGCUGCGAAACUCAGGCGGCAAACACAACUACAGCCGGAG